AUGGUUAUCAAAAAGUUCAUAUCCUCCAUCUCUACUCUCAUCGGUCUCAAAGGGUUGCAGAGAAUCAAACAUCGAUCGCCUUGCGAAGCCAUUGCAUUCAAUAUUGGAGGUGUUGUCAAGGAGGGAGCGAAUGAUUCAAGACAUGGUCAGACUGCGCUUGACGGUGAGAUGUGUUGUGUGUGCUUGUUGAGAUUGGAGGAGGGAGAAGAUAGAAGGGUUCUUCCUUGCCGGCAUGAGUUUCAUCGAGCGUGCGUCAAUAGAUGGCUUAAUGGGUGUCAGAAAACGUGUCCGGUGUGCCGGUUUUUGGUGGAAGAUGAAGAGAAGUCUAGGGUUAAGGAAGCUUUAACUGAUGAGAUGGUUAUUUGGUUUUCUUCCUUUCAUGUUGCUGGCUUUUGA